AAGAGCCAACUCCGGUUGUAUUUGAAUACAGUAACCAGUCGAAGCCAAUGAUGAUUGAAAGAAAAGAUGGUUCAAGAUCACCAACAGAUAGAAAGAGAAGACGCAGGUCGCCGUCCUUACCAAGUGCUUACAGCUCAGACAGACGAUCACCAAGUCGACCCAGUCCAGCUGUAUGGGCUGGACGUCCUGGGGCAUGGUCAGGGGCAAGAGACAGGACACCACCAUGGCAGCGACAGUCUCGGGAUAGGACAAUACCUGGCAGAAGGUCUCGCUCACGAUCACCACACAGGAAAGAUAAAAAGAAGAAACAUAAGAGAUCUAAAUCAAAGUCACCCUCAAGGAAAGACCGACAUAAAGACAAAUCUCGGCAUUCCCACUCUCAAGACAAGUCAAAGCACAGACCCAAGGACCGGGACAAGAAGAAAGAGAAGAAGAAAAGCAGACACAGAAGUAAAGAACGAGAAACCAAGCAUUCGCGCAGCAAAUAUUCUGACAAAGUGACACCUGAAGGUCUUGUAGAGAACAGUGGCGACACCAUUAACAAUCCGUUAGAUGUGGACCAGUUAUUUUUCUCAGCAGGAAAAAGUGGCCAGAAACCCGGUAGUAUCAGUAAUUCUCCAGCCAUACACACAAGCUCGAUUUCGAUCUCAAGAGGCAGCACACCCAGUCGAACUUUAGCAGAGUCGGCAUCAGCGGAUUUGAUGAGCAAGGUUCGGGCCAUGUUGAAAAAAAGCCGAGAAAUGAUCCUGAAGGAGGAAAGAAGUCUUUUAGACGACACGUAG